GCGGGUGCGCGCUCGCUUGCUCGCUCACCCUCGGCUGCCGUUUACAGUUUACCCGCGUGCUCCCUCUCUCUCACUCGCUCUCGGCGACGACUCGGCUACCACCGCCGCCCUACACCAGGUUCCCAGGUCUUCGUCAGGCUCAGUCCCUCCUCCGGCAACGAGCACCCACCAGUUGACACCUGAUACUACCUGAAUCUAAUGCUUAUCAAUAUGCCUAAUAUUUGCUGGCGGAGCUUUACUUCGUGCAGCAUGUAUUCUCCAUUUAAUCAGUUACAAGGGAGUUUUACUCAAAGAGUAGAUCUAUGGAGUACUUCUUGCUCACAGGCUGCGAGGCAUCAUGCAAGGAUAGGUUCAGUUGAUUUCUCUGUUAAGAAGAACGUGAAGUCAUCUCAACUGCAAAAUGUGACAUGUUUUGUCGGUUUAGAGCAACAUUUGAAAUGCAGACUAUCAGCAAGAAGGCAUAUCCUGAAUGUAAAGUCUGAUAUACUGUCCCACCAAAAUGUUUCUAGUGUAAGCUGGAGUUUGGGAAGUAUGCCACAAAGAAUAGGAUGUGUAGUCUCUGGACUAGGUUUUGCAGUGUCUGGGCUGGCGAGUGCUGAGGGUCCUGUGAACAACAACAUAGAUAGCACCGAAGCUGACAAGUCAUCAACAAAUUUAUCUCAUGGGAAAAAGGUUUACACAGAUUAUUCUGUUACUGGCAUUCCUGGUGAUGGAAGGUGUUUGUUCCGUUCUGUGGCUCAUGGUGCCCGCAUUAGGUCAAGGAAGCCCAUACCUAAUGAGGAUCAUCAAAGAAAGCUAGCUGAUGAGUUGAGAACAAAGGUUGCAGAUGAAUUUAUCAAGAGGCGAGCAGAGACUGAAUGGUUUGUUGAGGGGGACUUUGAUACGUACGUAUCUCAGAUUAGGAAGCCACAUGUCUGGGGAGGUGAGCCAGAGUUGUUCAUGGCUUCACAUGUUCUUCAGAUGCCAAUCACCGUUUACAUGCAUGAUAAAGAAGCUGGUGGUUUAAUAGCGAUUGCUGAGUAUGGCCAAGAGUAUGGGACAGAAGCUCCCAUCCAAGUUCUUUAUCAUGGUUAUGGCCAUUAUGAUGCCCUGCAGAUACCAGGAAAGGGUGGUCCGAGGUCAAGAUUGUAGCAUUUGUAGCUCUGAAUUUAAAUGGCAGUGACGCAGCGGCAAGUCGAUGGUGCACAUUACCUAUGCUUUGGUGGCAAAGACAGAUGGCCAUAAUUCAGCUUGGUCCUUUUGACAUGCUGGAGGUGGCCACGGAACGGACAUCUGCUCAGCUCUCGUGAUCUUCAGAUGCUCCUGACUUCCUAAACAGCGCGACAAUUAUGAGGAGUUGUCCUGGUUUCGUUGAAUGUACUGCUGGAGUAGUGGAGUCAAAAGCUGUAUAGAGGUGAAACCAUUAUGUUGAACCAAGUACCAGACUGUGGGCUCGAGUGAAACCAGCGGCCUCCGCCCCCGCUGCUCGCGUAACAGCUUCACAUGCUGGAUUCCAGAGCUUAAUAUUCUUA